AUGUCUUUCCUCGCAGAUUUCGAACCUGUUCUCAUACACUCACCCUUCGAACGUUCGCAACAGCGACAAAAAACCGAAUCAUCGUCUCCUCCCAAUACAACGCCCUCGAUGGCCCAAAAGAAUGAUAAAGACAAUAAGAACCUGUUUUGGCGAAGGAGCAAUGAAACUUCAAAUUCUUCCACCCUUCACGAGCGAACAUCUGGAAGGGAUAAACUAGUUAUGUUCUUAAUUCUAAGAAAUUCUCGUAGGAGAGAUUCACAAAUGAGUUUUCCGCUCAUUCAUUAUGACCUUUUAUCCUCAUUCAUUCGUUUUAUCACUUAA